ACCAGGCCCAGGCCCGAGCCCCGCCCCGUUACACUCCCCCGGACCAGGAGCAGGACGAGCUCCGUCCCGUCCCGUUAGCCCCGGUUCCGAGCCGGGCCCGCCUAGGCGAGGUGGAGCUCGGCGCGGCCUGCACCAUGACGGGGAGCUGCUCCGGGCCGGGCCGUCUAUGGAGACUCUGCAACCUGCUCAUGGCCGCCUUCUUCGGGCUGGCGGCCGCCGUUCAGAUAAAUGACCCUGAUGCAGGACUGUGGAUAGUGGUCUACGUUGUACCUGCUGUCCUUACACUGCUUGUUGGCCUUAAUCCAUCAAUUACAGAUAAUGUUGUCUGGAGGAGCCUGUCGGAUCUGCAUUCUGCUGCUUGUUUAGUUGGGACCAUUGCCUUGGGGUGCUCUUUGUUCGCUUAUGCAAAAAGUAACAUCUUGCAUGAAGAGGAAGGAAGAGAGUUGUUUGGUCUGGUGAUUAUUACAAUAUGGAUGAAUCUUUGUCGCAAUUCAGCAAAAAAUCCUUUGGGUGGAAUUCGUCUGAUGGUUGCAAUUUCUCUCUCUCUCUUCCCCUUUGUAACAUGGCUUUACAUUUACAUGAACUCAGAGAUGCGAUCAUCCUGGCCAACUCACUGCAAAACUGUGAUUUAACCAGAAAGGAACAAACACACACAAUAAAUAUUCUAACAGCUGUUUGCCUUCAGCUUUCAGUUCUCAGUUGAAAACUGGUAUCAGACCAACAGGAACUGCAGCUAUGGACCAAGAGCACUUUACUGCCUCAAACAGCGCAGUUUGAGAUUUGUUAUCAUUAUUAUCCAGCCAUCUCCUCUUUCCAUGGACCAACCUGUGGAUUUCAACCUGUGUCCUUCAUGUAAUGAUGAUACCACAGCCCCUGUAUAACUGUCUCCUCCACAAUGUACCACAAUGAACAGGAACAGGGGCAGACUAGAUCCCAGUAAAUAUGUGCCCUUAGUUUGGAUGAGCAAUUGUACAGCAGCAUCUGCUAGGAACUCCUAGAAAGGACAGAAGCAUUCAAAUAUGAUCCUCUCCUCUCUCAGGGCCUGCAGGUGAGCAGCCAUACUCUUAUGGACAGUGAUAUCAAUGGCUGCUGAGAGAUCUGAAACAACUAGCAGGGAUAGCUAUUCUCUCUGUUUAGUCAAUGAGAAUAGCUCAGUCUCCAUCAUGCCUAGGCUGAAAGUGGACACGGAAUUCAAGGUUUUUGGGUAACUGCGGAGUUGCUUCUCAGCUGAAUCACAAAUUUAGAAAUCUUCUCCACAAAGUAUUAAAGGUGUCAAGUAUG